AUGGCGGACUCUCAGAAGAGGAAACGCGUCAAGGAGGAAGAACCAUCUGGGGACGACGCGUUAGACAAGAAACUCAAGACCACAUCGGCGGCGACGGAUUCAUGGUUUUCUUCAUCGGUAGCUUCUGGCUCGUCCUUGGGAGGAGGGACACAGCAGGAGCCAAGGCAACGAUCUGCAUCCCAAUCCGCCGAACCUGAAGCUGAGGAAUUCGCCCGACACCCCGUGCAUUGGUUAUACGACACCUCACCGGUGAUCUUGCAGGUGGACAAAACUCGCUUCAAGGUGCACAAAAGUCGUCUGGCUGCAGAUUCUCUGUGGUUUCGCACCCUCUUUUCACGCAAUUAUGCUGCUCCUGGGGUCCCACUAGAGGAACGAGAUGCCUUGAAGCUUAUCGUGAAUUCAGUGACGGUGAUUGAUGGAGUUGAGCUGUUCGUUUUGGAUCCAAAGGCGAAAGCUACUACGGUGGAGGACCUGGCUGAGCUGCUCACAGCCAUGGAUUCGGCAAUCGGCUACCACGAGACAACACCCCAGUUCGAUACCGUGAAGAAGAUCUAUCGAGCAGCACACCUCUUUUUCUUCCCAGCGUAUCGUAAAUUUGCUUUGGCUAUCCUCACGCAGAUGUUCAUCGUCAACAGGGGCAUCUCCGAGGAACCUUCUCCUUACUGUGCCGAGUGCGUCGCGAUUGGGAGGGAAUACAAGUUCCCCGUCGCCCUGAUGAAAUUCGCCUUCUAUGACCUGGCGCGAUCGCCACCCCCGAAUCCCACAUCUACGCUUGCCGCGGACAUGAAGAACCUGAAGAUCGAGGAUCUGGUCCGCCUCAAUAACUUGCAGAAGCAUCUCUCCUUGGUGUGGAACGACAUCUCGACAUGCUACGAGACGACGUGUGAUGUGAUGCAGUGCCAGGUGUGCGCCUAUACGAGGCAGCUUCCCUCAUUCCGAGGAGUCGUCGAGGAAGCGAAGAAGGCAUUCCCUUUCGAUCCACUUUCAGCGAUCCAUAUUUUGGUGACGCAGGAAAUGAAGAAACCGUGCCCGUUGGCUGCUCAGGCGACAACGCAGAAGCUCAACAACCUCCGAGAGAGGAUAUGGAAGGAUAUGGCCGAAUGGCUGAACCUUGAGGAGUAG